AUGGCUGAGGGUGCCAGCGAGACCCCGGAGGACCAGCUCCAAGCAAAGGGCUGCUACAAGAUCCUCGAGGUCCUGGAGGCCGCGAUUGAACAAUUCCAGUUCGACCCCAGAGUUAACAUUUCUGAUGAACUAAAGAUUGGCUUUUUCACCUCAGACCACGCCACUCAGACUGACCGCAGUGAAAUUUUGCCACUAAAAGAAUUGACUUCAUCUACAGGAAAGUUGGUACAGAUGAUUACAUCCUUCCAGGUGGAUUUUGGGUUCAUCAAAGAUUUGCUUCAGUUGAAAUUUGAGGAUCGUCUUAAAGAGGAGUCUUUGAAUAUCAUCACUAACAUCCAUGACAGGAUCAAGGAUAUUGAAAAACAUUAUCACCAGAAUGAGGACAACAUGAGGAAAUCCUUCCAGCAGCAGCUGACCAAUGCCAUAGCGGUGGUGAAAGGAAUGUACCAGCGGUACUUCGAUGUUGAGGAGGAGAAGUCGGCCUUGCACGAUGCAGCAAAUAUCAAACUGGGUAUUUUAAAAAGAAAGUUGAAGGAGAGAGACGAACUUAUCAAAGAAUUAAGAGAGCAGCUCGAGCAAUUCGAAGAGGCUGGAUAUCAAAAAUAUGACUCAGCCAGCACUGAACCUUCUUCCAGAGAUACUGACACCCACAAAGCUGAUGUUGAUUACAAGGUAGAAUAUGAGAGACUGCUUCAAGUCAUUUCAGGACUAGAAGAAGAAGUCCAACUCAAUGCCAAAGAGAAUUCGGUAUUAGAAGAUGAAAUUUUAAGUCUGAAAGAGUUUGCAGAUCAGGAUCAGAGAACUAUUCAGAAGUUAAUAGAUACUAGAGACAGAUUGCUAGCUGAACUUGAUGCUGAAAAAAUACUAGUUCAAGAAAUGAUGGUCAGGCAGAGAGAUGACAUGGAAAUAAGAAGAAGAUAUGACACCAUGAUGAGCAAAACCACCGUCGCCGUGGCACCUUCGAGGACAGACAUGUCCGCCGUGUACGCCACUGCCACGCCGCCACCCACUCCAGGGAAAAGGAAAUCGGCAAAAAGAGUGGAAAUCCAAGAACCUCUGCCCGAGCAGGUGCAGCGGGAGCCGCCUAGGUACGAGCCGCCUCGGCCCGGGCCACCUGCCAAGCCGGCCCUGCGGGAGCCGGCCCUGCGCGGGGAGCCGCCCCGGCGGGAGCCGCCCCUGUGGGAGCAGUCUUCACGUGACCAGGUCCUGCGUGAGCUGCCUGUGCGUGAGCAGUCUUCGCGUGAGCUGCCUGUGCGUGAGCAGUCUUCGCGUGAGCUGCCUGUGCGUGAGCUGUCUUCGCGUGAUCUAGUCCUGCGUGAGCAGUCUUCACGUGAGCAAGUGCUGCGUGAGCAAGCCCUGCGCGAGCAAACCCAACGUGAGCAGGCCAAGCGCGAGCAGGCCCAGCGUGAGCAGGCCCAGCGUGAGCAGGCCCCGCGUGAGCAGGCCCCGCGUGAGGAGCGCAAGCGUGUGGAAGUAAAGGAGGAAGACACUAAAAUGUGGGAUGUACAAAUGGAUGCGUUAAAGAUGAAUUUAGACAAUGAAAAAAGGAAGCUUGAAAGAUACAGAAAAGAAGCAGACCGGAUAAACCGAAACUGGGAGAGGAAAUUCUAUAUCCUCAGGAACAGCUUUCAUGUCCUUAAAGAUGAGAUGUUUACUAGACACACACUGUUCCGUCAGUUUGCACUGCUUGCUGAUACAUCCUUCAAUUAUCUUAAAGCAAAACCCUUAUUUGUGCAAUCAAAAUUGACAGUCAGCGAUUCUAUCCCACCUUCCGUAAAGGAGCACCACAUCAGUUUGAUGGACAGCAAGUUGCUCCAGGUCGUCAGUGACCCAUUGAUCUUCUCAACUGUACCAAGAGAAAGGUCAGUGUCGCUGUGUCUGGUCCACGGAGGGGGUGUUUUCACACUGAAAACCGAGCCAGCUGCCCCUGUCAUACCCCCGCCAUUGGGGAGCGCGCACUAG